ACCCAAAGUACACUGACUCAUCCGUAACCUUUUCCUAACUGGCAAACCACCUCUGCACUCGUUUACUAUUCUCGAGUUCAUUAAUGACAUACAUGACGGACAACUGGAAGGACUCAGACUGCUCUGUAAAGCCCGUUGUAGAUCGACAUCUUUCCACUCAGAAUGAAUACGAUUUCAAGUACAUUCACGAUACAGUUUACAGUUUAGCGCAGUCAGAACACAAUUUAGCUCCUCAAGUUCGGGAGGCAUUGAAUGUCAUUGAAGAGGCAGUAGAUAAGUACGGACAAGGAGUGCUAUCCUUAGCGUUCAAUGGAGGAAAGGACUGUACUGUAUUGCUGCACCUUGUCAUUGCUGCUCUCUACCAUAGGCUUCAAACUCAAAACAUCAAACCUAUACAAUCCGUGUAUGUGACAUGUCGAAACCCUUUUCCGGAAGUAGAUGACUUUGUUGAGGAGUGCGUCAAGCGCUACAGGCUAGAGUCGAUACGAGUUCCUGCACCAAUGCGUCUUGCUCUUCAACAAUUCAUAGAUACCGUCAAAGUGAAACCAGAGGCUAUCUUGGUAGGCAUUCGACGAAGUGAUCCAUAUGCGGAAAACUUGACGCAUUUUGACCCGACAGAUGAAGGCUGGCCUUCAUUUAUGAGGGUUCAUCCUAUAAUUGACUGGUCAUAUCAAAACGUUUGGGAAUUUUUACUAUUACUUGGAAUACCGUAUUGCGAAUUGUAUGACCGAGGGUACACUUCACUUGGUGGUAUGGAUAAUACAUUCCCUAACCCGGAACUCGUCAACCCCGAUGUGCCAAGCGGAUUUAAUCCAGCCUACAUGUUGACAGACGAACAACAUGAACGAUGUGGUCGUAUGAACUCGACGAAAAAAUGAUUUCAUGCUCGUGUUGCAUGUAUUUUGAUUUAGACGUUAGGGGCUGUAUAGAUUGAGGUGUUGUUUUUUCAAGUGUAUAC